AUGAAGAAGAACAUUGCUGAGUAUGUCUCUCAGUGUCCUAGUUGCCAACAGGUGAUGAUAGAGCACAAGAAGCCCGGAGUGCUAAUGCAGACUAUAGAGAUCCCGACAUGGAAAAGGGAGGCGAUAAACAUGGACUUUAUCACGGGUUUGCCUCGUUCUCAUCGUAAGUUUGAAUCCAUGUGGGUGAUAAUCGAUAGGCUCAUGAAAUCAGCUCAUUUCCUACCGGUCAGAUCUACAUAUACAGCAGAAGAUAAUGCAAAAUUAUAUAUUAAGGAGAUAGUGCGACUACACGGAGUACCAGUAUCUAUUAUAUCUAACCGUGGGGCCCAGUUUACAGCACAUUUUUGGAGGUCAUUUCAGAGAGGUCUAGGUACUCAGGUGAAUCUCAACAUAGCUUUUCAUCCACAAACUGAUGGACAAGCCGAGCGCACAAUUCAGACACUCGAGGAUAUGUGCAUGCCUAGAAACUCAAAGAGAAUUGGUGAAGUAUUCGAAGCUCUAUCAGAUUCCGAAAAAGUUUUUAAGGCCUUGAACCGGGCCAACCGGAAAAGCAAACAGCAACCAACAAUUGAACAAUUCGAACCGAACAUGGGUGAUAACGAAAACAAUCCACCUGCACCUAUAGCGCCACCGGCACCUCUUGUGCCAGAGAUGGGCCAAAUUUCGAUGUCUCUAAACAAUCGNUUGAAUUCAGAAGUAACCAACCAGGAAGUGUAUGAAGGGCUAAAAGGCAUAGGUGAUGAUAAGGCACCAGGGAUAGAUGGAUACAAUGCUGUAUUUUUAAAGAAGGCAUGGCAUGUUAUAGGGGAUGAGGUGACUAAGGCAGUGCAGGAGUUCUUCAACACAGGGAGAAUGUAUAGAGCUAUUAAUUGUACAGCUAUAACUUUGAUACCAAAGACCGAUAAUCCAGCAACAAUUAAAGAAUAUAGGCCAAUAGCAUGCUGCACAGUGUUGUACAAGGUGAUCUCCAAGAUAUUGGUAGCUAGAAUGCAGAAGAUACUAGGAGCAAUCAUAUGUGAAGCACAAGCUGGAUUUGUACCAGGAAGAAGAAUAGGAGAUAACAUCAUUAUGGCACAUGAAUUAGUUAAAGGUUACACAAGAAAGCACAUAUCUCCAAGGUGCAUGAUUAAAAUUGACUUACAAAAAGCCUAUGACUCAGUUGAAUGGAGCUAUUUGGAGCAGAUUAUGAGACUAAUGGGGUUCCCUGAAAGAUACACAGCUUGGGUGAUGGAAUGUGUGAAGACAGUAAACUAUACAAUCAUAGUAAAUGGGGAGCCAACAGAACCAUUUGAUGCCAAGAAGGGAUUGAGACAAGGGGAUCCAAUGUCCCCAUUUUUAUUUGCAAUAGCAAUGGAGUACCUAAGCAGAUCAUUGAAGGAAAUGACACAAACCAGGCAGUACAAACAUCAUCCCAGAUGUGCCAAAUUAUCACUAACUCAUUUAUGUUUUGCAGAUGAUCUCUUAAUUUUUUCCAAGGGAGAAGCAGAAUCAGUAAUGAAAUGCUUCAAUCAAUUUUCAACAGCUUCUGGGUUACAAGCAAAUAAAGGGAAAAGUUCAAUUUACUUUGGAGGAAUGGGACAACAAGAACAAGAACAGAUACUGCAGGAAUUAGGAUUUACAAGAGGCGAACUGCCAUUUAAGUACUUAGGAGUGCCACUCUCAACUAGGAAGCUGACAAUGAUACAAUGGAAACCAAUCAUUGACAAAAUUGUGGCAAAAAUUACUUCAUGGACAGCAAGAAAAUUGUCAUAUGCAGGAAGGAGUCAAUUGAUAAACAGUGUCUUAUUUGGAGUUCAAUCAUACUGGGCUCAAGUGUUCAUCUUACCAGCAAAAGUAAUGAAAGCAGUGGAAAGCUUCUGCAGAAGCUAUCUUUGGACUGGAAACAAUACUAUUUCAAAAAAAUCAUUGAUCAGUUGGGAUAGGGUAUGCAGCCCAAAAAGCAGUGGUGGAUGGAAUAUCAUAAAUAUGAAGCUGUGGAAUAAAGCUGCCAUAGGCAAGCUUUACUGGAAUGUGGCACAGAAGGAAGAUAGAAUGUGGAUAAAAUGGAUACAUGCAUACUAUAUAAAAGGGCAGCAGAUGGAACAAGUUAAAGUACCAACACAGGCAAGUUGGAUGGUGAGGAAAAUACUGGAAGCAAGGCAUAUCAUAGAAAAAAACAAUGUGCAGAUAAGUAAGGGAAAAGGGAUCAUAAAGCAGAUAUACCUGAAGCUGUUGGAAGAUCAACCUAGAGUCAUGUGGAAAUGUCUGAUGUUUGGCAAUGCUGCAAGGCCAAAAGCAAAGUUCACUUUGUGGUUACAACUGCAGAACAAACUACUUACAGUGGAAAGGUUAAAGAAAUGGGGGAUUCAGGGAGAAGACAAAUGCAGCUUAUGCCAGGGACAAGAAGAAACAAGAGAUCACAUUUAUGUAGAGUGUAGCUACACAAGGGAGGUACUAAAGAGAGUGAUGCACUGGGCACAGAAACUAAGCCUAACAGGAACUAACUGGGAGCAACAUGUGCAAGAAGUGAUUAGAAAAGCUAAAGGGAGAUCAAGAGAAGCACAACAAUUCAAAAUGCUAUACACAGAAAUGGUACAUAAUAUAUGGAUAGAGAGAAAUCAGAGAAUUUUUGAAAAGAAAAAUAAGAACUGGGAGAAGAUAGCUAAGGAUACAGUGUAUGUUUGUUGCGCACGAGCUCCUCCUAGUAUAGCUGAAUUGUGCAGGGAUAUAGAUUUUAAAAGCUAG